UUAAGUGGCGAAAAAAACAACAACAACAAAUUCAGCAGAUCAUUUUGCUGGACUCCGCUGUGCACUGGUAUUCGGGAAUACUCGCCUACAUUUGCCUUCUUUUGCGUGUAUAGAAUGGGCAACGAAGGCGUCGUUUUAUGAGGACGGGGGAUGACGCAGGAUUUCCACGGAGCUCAGUUAAGUUUACACAGGCUACUAUUGACAUAAGCAGCUACUGUAGGAGACAAAUCCGAGUCACAAGACUUCUUCACAGAGCUCCCACUGCUGCUCUCUUCAAUCGCAGGUUCUGGAGGGAUGGACAACCCCAACUACCGCUCCGGCAGCUUCGACGGUCUUCAUCUCCCCAGCGAUGACGAUGACGAUGAGAUGGUGGACAUCGCGGGGGCCACCCUGGACUUCUCCAGCACGGACGACGUCCCUCCUCUGAGCUCAGGAGUUUACGAGGAUUUCAGCAGCAGAGGAGCCGGUAUGAACGGUAACGGCCCCAGUAAGCUGGUGGACCCUCUGGAGGACCCGCUGCCUGGAGUGGGCACCUAUGAAGACUUUAACACCAUCGACUGGGUCCGAGAGAAGAGCAAGGACCGGGACAGGCACAGAGAGAUCACCAAUAAGAGCAGACAGUCGACUGUGGCUCUGCUGCACAGCGUCAGCGAUGCCUUCUCCGGGUGGCUGCUCAUGCUGCUGGUGGGACUCAUGUCAGGUGCUCUAGCCGGCGGCAUCGACAUCGCAGCCCACUGGCUGACGGACAUGAAGGAGGGCGUGUGUCUCAUCGGCUUCUGGUUCAACCACGAGCACUGCUGCUGGACGUCCAACGAGACGACUUUCCUGGAGCGGGACCGGUGUCCACAGUGGCAGAGCUGGGCUGAACUCAUUACGGGGACAUCAGAGGGUCCGUUUGCCUACAUAAUGAACUACUUGAUGUACAUAGUGUGGGCGCUGUUCUUCUCUUUCUUGGCCGUCUCGCUGGUGAGGGCCUUCGCUCCGUACGCAUGUGGCUCAGGAAUACCAGAGAUUAAAACCAUCCUGAGCGGCUUCAUCAUCCGUGGAUACCUGGGGAAGUGGACCCUGAUCAUCAAGACCAUCACCCUGGUGCUGGCCGUCUCCUCGGGGCUCAGCUUAGGGAAGGAGGGCCCUCUGGUGCACGUGGCGUGCUGCUGCGCCAACAUACUCUGUCACCUCUUCACCAAGUAUCGGAAGAACGAGGCUAAGCGCAGAGAGGUGUUAUCUGCAGCAGCGGCUGUGGGCGUUUCAGUGGCGUUCGGGGCUCCCAUAGGAGGAGUUCUGUUCAGUCUGGAGGAGGUGAGCUAUUACUUCCCUCUGAAGACCCUGUGGCGUUCCUUCUUCGCUGCCCUGGUGGCAGCCUUCACUCUGCGCUCCAUCAAUCCCUUUGGAAACAGCCGCCUUGUGCUUUUCUACGUGGAGUUUCACGCCCCGUGGCACCUGGUGGAGCUGGCCCCUUUCAUCCUGCUGGGGAUAUUCGGAGGCCUCUGGGGGGCGCUGUUCAUCAAGGCCAACAUCGCCUGGUGCAGGAUCCGUAAAACCACCCGUCUCGGUCACUACCCCGUCAUCGAGGUGCUGGUGGUCGCCGCGGUGACCGCCCUGCUUGCCUUCCCCAACAGUUACACCAGGAUGAGCGGAGCCGAGCUCAUCUCUGAGCUGUUCAACGACUGCUCUCUGCUCGACUCGUCUCAGCUCUGCGGCUACAAACAGCCUACCAACACGUCAGACACCAGUGUAGGUAACAGCCUGGCAGACCGACCAGCAGGGCAGGGACUCUACACAGCCCUGUGGCAGCUGGCCCUGGCUUUAGUCUUCAAGAUGCUGAUCACUGUGAUCACCUUUGGCAUGAAGGUUCCCUCUGGUCUCUUCAUCCCCAGCAUGGCGGUCGGAGCCAUAGCCGGACGGCUGCUGGGAGUGGGCAUGGAGCAGCUGGCCUACUACAACCACGACUGGCUCAUCUUCAAGGGAUGGUGCUCACCAGGCGCGGACUGCAUCACUCCGGGGCUUUACGCCAUGGUCGGAGCUGCCGCCUGCUUAGGGGGAGUGACUCGCAUGACGGUGUCGUUGGUGGUCAUCAUGUUCGAGCUGACUGGAGGUCUGGAGUACAUCGUUCCCCUCAUGGCUGCGACCAUGACCAGCAAAUGGGUGGCAGAUGCUUUUGGAAGAGAAGGGAUUUACGAGGCCCACAUCAGGCUCAACGGUUACCCGUUCCUGGAGCCCAAGGAAGAGUUCGAGCACAGCAGCCUGGCUGUGGACGUGAUGAGGCCGAGGAGGGCGGACCCUGCUCUGGCUGUGCUCACGCAGGAUGGCAUGACCGUAGGGGAGGUGGAGACUUUGGUGGAGAGCACUCACUACAGCGGCUUCCCUGUGGUCGUCUCUCAGGAGUCCCAGAGGCUUGUGGGAUUUGUACUCAGGAGAGACCUUCUCAUAUCAAUAGACAAUGCCCGGAAGCGUCAGGAGGGCAUCGUCAGUGCCUCCCAGGUGGUGUUCACUGAGCAUGCUCCGUCCCAGCCUGCCGACGCGCCGCCUCCCCUCCGCCUGAGAGGCAUCCUGGACCUGAGCCCCUUCACAGUCACCGACCACACGCCCAUGGACAUCACUGUGGAUAUUUUCAGGAAACUGGGGCUGCGACAGUGUCUAGUUACACAUAACGGGAGGCUUCUGGGAAUCAUCACUAAAAAGGACAUACUGAAACACAUGGCGCAGAUCACCAACAGAGACCCUGACUCCAUCCUCUUCAACUGAACUCCUUCGUCCUUCUGUUCAUACUCGUCUCAGCCUCUCCUCUGUAGAACAGGGGAUACGAAGACACCAGCUUGUACACUUAAACGAAAUGCACCUUUACCUCGUCAACUUUAGAGAAAACUCAGUAAGUUUGGGUUUUGUUUGCACAGGCGAUUUGAGAACAAUGGAUUUUUUAUUUCUUCGUAACUCGGAGGCGUUCUUGGCUUUCUGAAAGAGAGUGCACCACUGGGGAAAAUGACCCAUCCUUCCUGACGCUGCUGGCCCCAAUGUCAACCCAGAAGAAUGUAGGACACAGAUAAGUCUAAGGAAUAAGGAAUACUUGGCCUUGGCUUUUUUUCUUUUCUUUUUUUUUCUUUGUAUUUUCUUCCCCAUUUUCAAAGAAACCUGCAAUCCACCGUCCUUCCUCAUUCGAUUCGUUUGCGAGCAAAGGAAGGUGGGAACAGACAAUCCUCUGUGGAUCCUGAUGAGAGAGAGGAAACCAGGUGGAAGAGGAGGAAGAGGAAAAUAAAGACAUCAGCGAAGAUAAAGAGAUGCUUUGGGAGCUCUGUGCCUGCCCUCCAGCCAUCACAGCAAGCCCAGACAGAGCACUAAGAGCUGGGGCUGAUGGAUGCUCAGACCCCUCCCCCCCUCACCUCCUUCUGAAAGGUUUCCUGUAGCUGUGGGGGUGAAGGAUACAGGAGUGUGAGAAGAGGCUCUAAUGCACCAUACAUACACUCCGUACUGACUUCCAUGACAGCCUGGGAACUCUCCAGACAUGUCUUUGUGUUGGGAUACGGCUCCAGCCUGGGAACAAGGCAGUGUUAUCCUGCCGUACUUAUAUUCUCACUAUGGCAAAUAUAUUCUCAUACAAAACAAAUCAUGUAGACAAUGCUGCAAAAAAAAACAAAAAAAAAAAAAACCUACAAAAUAAAACCAUGUCAUGCCUUACGGCUGCUGUGGAAGGGCUAAAAUAUAUGAAAAGAAAGAAUCAUGACACAUAAAUUAAUUUAUGUAAAUGUUAAAUUGUUUGUCCCACUAAAUUAUUUCACUGACUUAAA